ACCUAGUUCACGAUCCACUUUCGAUAGGCUUUCGUUUCCCGUUCACUAGUUCCGCCCAAAGUGGGGUAGACUUUGAUUGCAACGUUCGGCCCCCAAUCACAGUAUUGGUUGCACGGGUCUGCGGUGAGCUGUAGUGCUACAUGCACGCAGGUACAAAUACGAUUGCAAUCGCCGCUACCGCGAUUGCUCUGUGUUCACAAUAGUACUUCGAUCUGGUCAGCCCGAUGUAUCGAGGAAUCGCUUUCUUGGGUCUUGCCCUCAGCGCGGGUGCACAGCAAAACGCGUCGAGCAUCCUCAACGUUGAUCCUCCGCAGGAGCCAUUUCCAUACGCAUUCCCGCCUCAAGAUGCAGCAGGCACAUCGGCCUUGUUUCCAAUGCCCGCCUGUGUAGGCAUCACGCUUGAAGAAGCAACGAUCGAUCAGCUGUCUAAUUACAUGAGCAAUGGGUUACUUACUUCCGCGCAACUGCUUCGAUGCUACCUCUCGAGAGUGCAGCAAGUUGAUGAGUACAUCAAUUCUAUCAUCGAACUCAAUCCAGACGCCGAAGAGAUUGCCACUGCAUUAGACGCAGAACGGGCUGAUGGUCAUGUGCGUGGGCCGCUGCAUGGAAUACCGUUCAUCGUCAAGGAUAAUAUCGCGACUAAGGAUCUAAUGGAGACGACUUGUGGGAGCUGGACGCUAUUGGGAAGCGUGGUGCCAAGGGAUGCUCACGUAGUCGCGAGGCUACGAGAGGCGGGCGCACUUCUGAUGGGCAAAGCGACGCUAUCAGAGUGGGCUGACAUGCGGUCAAAUAACUACUCCGAAGGAUACUCACCAAGAGGAGGCCAAGCAAGAAGUGCCUACAACCUCACAUUGAACCCCGGUGGAAGCAGUUCGGGAAGCGCGGCGGCUGUAGCAGCGAACAUCGUAUCAUUCGCGCUGGGCACAGAAACAGAUGGAAGCGUCAUCAGUCCAGCAGAACGAAACGCACUGGUCGGAGUCAAGCCAACGGUAGGCUUGACAUCGCGAGCUGGUGUGGUUCCUGAGAGUGUUCAUCAAGACAGUGUUGGCACUUUCGGCAGAACCGUUCGCGACGCUGCAUACGCUUUCGAUGCAAUCUACGGCAUCGAUCCAAGGGAUAAUUAUACUUUAGCUCAAAAUGGCAAUACCCCAUCAGGUGGCUAUCUGCAAUAUUUAACGAAUAAGUCGGCUCUGAAAAAUGCGACCUUCGGUGUCCCGUGGGAGACCUUCUGGAUAUACGCAGACGAGCAGCAGCGAGAACAACUCCUUUCCGUCAUAUCAGCAAUCAAGGCUGCAGGUGCUACAAUAAUUAAUAACACGGAGAUACCUAAUCGAGAGCUAACCGUCUCACCUGAUGGCUGGAACUGGGAUUUUGGAACUACGCGCGGCUAUCCAAAUGAAUCUGAGUACACAGUCGUGAAAGUGGACUUCUACAACAACAUUAAAACCUAUCUCUCCGAGCUAGAGAACACAAAUAUACGCUCGUUGGAGGAUAUAGUGGCCUACAACUAUGCUAACGACGGCACUGAGGGUGGGAACCCGUGGCCACAAGGCAUUCCAGCCUUCUACUCUGGCCAAGACGGCUUCUUAGCGUCUUUGGAAACGAAGGGUGUUAUGGAUGAGACAUACUAUCAAGCACUCGCAUUCACGCAAAAAGCUACGCGAGAAGACGGUAUUGAUGCAGCUCUCGCGAACAAUGGGCGACCGGUCGACGUGCUACUGGUCCCGUCGAAUGUUGGACAGACGUAUCAGCUCGCGGCUCAGGCUGGAUACCCCGUCGUCACGAUCCCGGCUGGCGUACACGCGCGUUCAGCUAUGCCGUUUGGGUUGUCGUUGAUGGGUACUGCCUGGAGUGAAGCGACUCUGCUGAAGUGGGCCAGUGCAAUCGAGGAUCUGCAGCUAAGUAUCGAGGGAUUGCCCAAGAGGACAUUGCCGAAGUGGCAUGCGUACAAGGAAAGGAACAUACCAGUCCCAUUUUCUGAUCCUUAGGCGAGACCCUGUUUUUCGGGUGUCACCGAAAGAGUACGCAUGUCUGCUG